UUAUUGGUCAGCUUUUGUAGAGCGUAGAGUUUUUUUGUAUUCAUUCGUGUUUUAUUGUAUUUGUGGAAAAAUAACAAUGUUUUAUUAAAAAAUACCUACCUCAAUAGAACGAGGAAUCGUUCAGAUUUAAAAAUGUGGAUUCCAUUAAAGUCUCCGAAAUUAGCUGUCGGAGUUUACAACUGGAAGGGAGAUGUUCGAUCUGGUUUGCUAAUCGAAAUUGGUGAGACUGUUCAGAUCUUAGAAGAAAAUGGAGCUUGGUAUAGAGGAUUCAGCACUAAAAACAGAUCAGCAUGGGGCAUUUUCCCGGGCUGUGUGGUGUCAAUUCGACCAUGCACAGUCAAGGGCACUGGAGCCACGGCUAUUGCUGAAUUGAAGGAUGAUCCACUUGUUCGGGAAAUAGCUUGUGUACUUCGGGAAUGGGCCAGAUUAUGGAAAAAACUAUAUGUGGAACGCGAGACCUACCGGUUCAGCGCAGUCGCAAAGGUGAUGAGAGAGUUGUUGAGCGGUCGUCGAACCCUGCUCGCGGGCACUCUGACGCAGGACCAAACAAGGGCACUGCGGCUCAAACUUGUCGCCAAACUGGACUGGGGGAAUCGAAAACUUGGCUUAGAGUUGGUUCCUAGGCGGGGUGCGACGGCUGUGGACCCCGAAGAGAUCAGUCUGGUCGAGUUGUACAGGGUCCACCAGGAAAGUGCUGAGAGAGCAGCGGCGUGGCGCGGCACACUACGACGCGCGGGCGGUUCAGGCAGCAGUUUCAAUUCGGGAACUCUCACAAAUGGCUCCUCCCCUACGAAUACUGGGUCACAAUCCUACCAUCUCAUGUGUAGUAUGCGAGAUUUCGGCCAUACGGCCGGUGGGGACGAGGCUGAAUUGCUGCUUUGGUUGCAUGACGCGAGGCGAGGGCAACCGCUGUCGGAGAGGUUCAGAGUUCGGAUAGCGAGGGACGGCUUCUCGAAUUAUGUGGACAGGCUGCAUGCGAAUAGCACGCUGUUUGCUGACCUAUCAACAACAGAUCUCUCUCGAGAGCUAUGGCUGGUCGCGUGGGUCAUACGGGUCGGGCGAUGGUCCGGUGCCGGGACCGGCGGCAGUGGCACCGGGGAACGGAAAGGCCCCGUGGCCAGGAGACCUUUGGGGGCCGGCGUGUUGCCCUUAGCUGAAGUGUUGAGGCAGCCGGGACCGCAUUCUACAGAAAAGGAGUAUACUUUUAAGGUUUACCAAUGUGAAGAGAAAGAUUUUCAUCAGUUACACGACAUGCUCAUUAGAAAACAGACGAACAAAUGCAACAUACUGCCGGGACAGCCAAAUUAUGGAAUCGUGGUAGCCCUUCGCUUGCUGACACAUACAGGGAACAUAACAGAAGCGGUCUCAUCCGGGGCCACGAUUACAGCGAAACGGGGAUUCCCGGACGUGAUAAUGCCCGGGGAUGUCCGGAAUGACCUCUAUUUGACAUUGGAGAAAGCGGAGUUCGAAAGAGGCGGGAAAAGUACAGCGAAAAAUGUGCUGGCUACCGUCAGUGUUCAUGAUAAUACGGGACAGAUUAUAAGUGAAUGCGUCUGGGGUGCCAGUGGCAGCGCGUCGACCAAUUACGAGUCGCUAGUGCUGUACCACAACAACAGCCCCGCGUGGCAGGACACGCUGCGGCUCACCGUCCCGCUCGACACGUUCACGCACGCGCACGUGCGCAUCGAGUUCCGCCACUGCUCCACCCGAGACAAAAACGAAAGGAAACUGUUCGGUUUCUCUUUCGCACGUCUAAUGGAGCCGAGCGGUGCUACACUGAGCGACGGCGCGCACGAACUUUACGUGUACAAAUGCGAUGAUCCUACCAAAUUAACCACAGCACCCUAUUUAUCACUACCGUCGCACGCAAACGACGCCGCCAGACCUGCUCCCGUCAAUGGAGCAGUAGCGUCUUUCCAACGAAGCUCCAAAGAGAACUGCGUGAUCAGUACCUUGCUUUGUUCUACUAAACUUACACAGAACGAGGAUUUACUCGCCCUACUGCAAUGGCGGGCUCAUCCCGAGAAAGUACAGGAGACGUUACUACGCGUACUGAGACUUGGCGACGGACUGAGUUGUGAAGAGCUGAUAAAGUUUCUACGUGACGUGUUGGAUGCGCUUUUUGCGUUGUUCUCCACCGAAGAUGGGAAUAGUACACCUCACUCGGGCACCGUGUUUCUCGUUCUCGUAUCAAUAUGUAGCCUUCUCGACGAGAGUAGAUUCCAGCAUUUCCGACCGGUCCUCGACGUCUAUAUUGAGGAACACUUCUCAGCCGCUCUCGUGUAUAAAGGCCUUCUCUCAUCAGUACAACACUGCGCUGAAUGGGCCGCCGGGGCGGAAGGUCAAGAGCCGAUCCGCAAAUGUCUCCGUUCUUUAGGCGCCGUAUUCCGCUUAGCUGUUCGUUCUAGAAGAUUGUUCGCUCGGGCCACAGGAGGACAGUAUGAAGACAGCUUUAGAAGAGACGUCAGGGCCGCGUUACAUGCGCUCAAAGCGUUGGCACAUCAUCCUCAUAGAGAGCAUUUAGCGCCAGCUCAGGUGGCUCUAAUGACAUCAUGGGCCAGCGUAGCCAAAGAAGUGGCCGCUGCCCUGGGGCCAGUGGAAGCGGCAAGAGUAUCAGCGUCUAUGCUAGACGCGGCCGGGGCCAACGCUCCGCCAGCCCUCGCCAAAGCGAGGCUCGCGGCCGCCCAGGAGAUAUUGCAGGGACCUUUGGGACAGGAUCCAGAGGCCCGCAACAUAGUCUUAACAACGGCUUGCCACCACCUCCGCGUUCACCUCGCACGUCGCGAGGAACUAUCCCAAUGUGCUGAAAUGCUCGGAGAAUUAGUGUCCUUAUUGUGGAAGAAAUACGACCCAGAACAGCCUGUCGAGGAAGACGAGUUGGACCCAGAUGUAGAUGUGUUGUGUCUGAAUACGUUAGACAUGUUGGUGGAGACUGUAUUGCAUUUGAUUGGCGGGAAUUCUCCAGUUCUGGGCGCCAUGGUGGCGGGUCUACUCGGAGCAAUAGAGCUACUAAAGCCGGCGCACUACCAGCGCCUGUGGAGCCACCUGGCGCCGCAUCCACAAGACCGAAAACCCUUGAAGGACUUCCUCAUGAGAUCGUUCCUGGUUUUCAGGCAUCUUAUUGAGCAAGACGUAUUUCCGUCCGAUUGGAUGGUACUACGCGUGCAAAUUUGCAAAGUGCUGUUGAAUGCCAUGCAGGAUUUGGCCAAACCUUUGUUGGAAAGAUUCUUGGGAGAUGAGCCUCCGCAAUUUGAUACGCAGCUAUGGUGCGGCUACAUGGAGCUGGGCGUGUCGCUGGUGACGGCGGGCGCGCUGCAGCCGGAGCGCUGGGCGGGGCGCGGGCCCGACCGCGCGCGGCUGCGAGCGCAGGCCGGCCGCCAGCUGCUGGCAGCGUGGGGCCGGCUGGGUCCAGCUCAACUCCACCUAAUCAAUGUAGGCGUAGGCGCGUUACUAGAAGUGACGUUAGUGGGUUCCCUACGGCGGUCGGCCCUAGGCGCGUUAGUGGCGCUAAUGGCCGCUGAGAGAGCGUCUGCCGGACACGCCAGGAGAACUGAAGCGGCACUCGUUGAUAAAUUGGACUCCUUGGUGGCUGAAAAUAAAGCAGACGAUCAUUAUAGAAGGCUGUUUGAUACUGUGCUCAUGGAGCGAGUUUCAACGGAAGGCUGGCGGGAAGCAGGGGCCGCUUUCGUUGGCUGCGUGACAAGACUAUUGGAGAGGUUACUGGACUAUAGAGCUGUGAUGCAGGGCGCCGAACACCGCGACAAGAGAAUGGCGGCCACUGUCAAUUUGUUGAACUUCUACAAGAACGAAAUUGAUCGAAAAGAAAUGUAUCUACGCUACGUUUACAAACUGCACGAUCUGCACAUAGGAUCGGAGAACUUUAUUGAAGCUGGCUGCACAUUACUGCUGUACGCGGAAACGCUCAGUUGGGAUAGCGAUCAAAUUGGAGUGGACCUUGAAUACCCAGAAACACCAGAGUGGAAGAGAAAAGAAGCUCUUUAUAAUCAGGCGCUCCAGUACUUCGAUCGUGGAAAGUGUUGGGAAAAAGGUCUUCCCUUACUCCGCGAAUUGGCAACGUUAUACGAGACCCGUCUAUGCGACUACGCCCGUCUCGCUCAUUGUUUGCGAACACACGCUUCGUUCUUGGACUCUGUUCUCAACGACAUAAGACCAGAACCAGAGUAUUUCCGAGUGGGUUUCUACGGCAAAGGAUGCCCAUUAUUUGUCAGAAACAAACAAUUCGUCUACCGCGGCCAGGACUACGAGAGGAUAGGUGCGUUUACACAACGGCUACAGUCCGAAUACAUGGCUGCCCACAUAUUGAUGCGCAACACGCCGCCUGACGACUCCAUCAUAGCAUCCGAGGGACAAUACAUACAAAUCUGCAAUGUGAAACCCGUGCCAUCGCGACGAGCGUGGCCCUCCGGCGCGCCAGAACAAGUGAAGAAAUUCUACGCCUGCAACGAAGUAGACACGUUCCUCUGCGACCGACCGCUACACAAACCGCCCAUAGACAAGGACAACGAGUUUAAGAGUCUUUGGAUCGAACGUACGACACUUGUGACCGAAAACACGCUGCCAGGAAUAUUGCGAUGGUCCGAAGUCAUAUCACGGUCUGUCGAAGAAAUACCACCGGUUGAAUUCGCAUGUGAAACGAUGGAAUCCACAGAACGCGAGCUACUCAGUUUGAUCACACAGUACACUGCAGAUCCUACGCGAAAUAUCAAUCCAUUCUCCAUGAGGCUACAAGGCACGAUCGACGCAAACGUGCAAGGCGGCAUCACGAAAUACGAGCAGGCGUUCCUGUCGGCGGAGUUCGCGCGGGCCGCGGCGCCGCGCGAGGCGGCGGCGGCGGGCCGGCUGCGGCGGCUGGUGGGCGCGCAGCUGGCCGUGCUGGAGGCCGGCCUGGCGCUGCACGCGCGCCUCGCGCCCGACGACGUCAAGCCGCUGCACAGGCGGCUAGUCGAGCGAUUCAACCAGCUCCGUCAAAACUUGGGGCCGGGGUUGGCUCGCGCUCGGAGGCAGCUUUCCGAAAGUAUAGUCAAUACACCUUUACCGCCAGUACCAGCGCUAGACAAACGAUCUCAAAGUAUACAACAAAAUGAUAACUUCUAUGAAGAUCAUUUAUACAACAAGCCUAUUUAUUCCUUAGAAGAGCCAGCUCCCCAGAGCAUCAUGUCGUCCAGCGCGCCACUGGAGGCGGGCACUCCGCCGGCGGACGGCCGCUCGCCGAGCUCGGAGUCCAUGGUGAAGUCCGCCCCCCCGCUGCCGCUGCGGCGCUCGGCCGACCCUCGGAGCCCCACCAGGCAACACUGCGACAGGUACAGAGACUCGAUUGAUGGAGAAAUAGUUGAAACUAGACGCCACAGCCGGUCUUCAUGGAGCGAGCCCGGUGAUGCCCCGCCACUGCCGCCUCGGGUUUCAGGAGACAAGAAGUCGUGGUGUGAAGCCCCCCCGGCGGUGCCGCGGCGCUCGGCGCGCGCGCCCGACGCGGACGCCGCGCGCGACUCCGGCGUGUGCGUCGACACGCACGCCUACUCCAACGCCGACCACGCCGCCCACCACAACGAUCUUGACCUGGCAGUUGAGUCGCUACACUACGAGAUAAUAUCCAUGAUGGCGGAACCUCUUAGAGUGGACGAGGAGGAGGAAACCCCUCCGCCUAUCCCUCCGAAAGGUCUCGGACACCUCAGCAGCUUCGAUUCUGGACACCAUGAAAACGGCGAGUCUAAUUGUUAAAACUUAUCACGUGUUUGGCGUGUUGGUUUUAGUUCGAGUUACCUAAUCUAUGCUACACUGGUAAACUUUCUUUGUAUGUACAGAUUUAUAAUCUUUUCUGACAAGAUUUACGAUAUUCAAAUCGAAUUAAACAACCAGAAACUGCUCAUAAUAAGCAACUUAAGAUUUCAUAUACUUACGUACAUUUUUAAUUGCAAACUAUAUUCUAUGUAGGUAAUAUGUAUUGUCUCGAACUAAAAUUAAUAUUUGAACAAAACAAAAACAUUGUCUUCUGAAUUCUGAAUAUUUAAAUGGGCAUUUAUUACCCAAUUAAAUAUUACAAGGUCAUCCAUAAAAUGCUUCCAAAGAUACUAAAUGUUACAAAGAACUAAAUAAAAUAACUGAAACUACAGUUUGCUUUUCCGACAUUAUUUAAAUGUUUUUAAAUACAAUGCUUUAACAUUUUAGAACGAUUUUCUUUGCAAAUAUUGUAACAAAAGUUAUUAAAAAGUAUGUUAACUUUUAUUCUGAUUGAAUUAAAGAAAAUCUAUUUUGAACGCCUAUAAAUGUUUUUUAGCAAAACCUCUUCGUUACUGAUCGAUGAUUUAUAAUUUAGGCGCAUUCAAAAUACUACUCGAAUUAAUAAUGACUUUGUAGCAUUUUACAUCAUAAAUAUUUAUUUAGUAGGUGCAUAUCAUUCCGUGGAGGAAAAUAGUUUUUAGCUUAGUAUUUUAGGUAUAAAGUAAUGAUGGGAGGAGACGGUUUAUUUAUUUGCAUUUUUUUAUUAUCGGGGCCAUAAAACAGGUGAUAUAAUGACAAACAUUAUAACAUAGAUUCUAAUUUAUAAGCCAGAACACAAAUUAUAACUGAAACUUUAAUUUAUAAUUUUAAUAACAGUCGCGAAUAAUACGCACAUUUGCUAUAAUUAUAUAAUCCAAAUUCCUUAUACAUUUAUUCCGUAUUAAAUUAUAUUUUAUUUUUUGUACCAUAUAUUUCUUUUAUUCGUAUAAUAUCGUUAAAAAUAUAAAGCGACUUUUUAAUUAAAAUAUCGUUUUGUACCAAAUAAUAUAUUGCAAAUAAUCGAUUUGAGUCUGGAAUUGAUUUUUAUUUAUACAUUAUCUUAUACUUAUUUCUACCUAUAUUUCUAAUAAAAGAUUUAUGAAUUACAUAAAAUAUAAUUGAAUAUUCCUCGCGACAUUAUUUGCUAAAUAUUAUUCACGCUCUUUACAAUAUAAUAUGAUAUUACACUAAUUUUUCAUUCACAUCUGUUCUGUAUUUUUUGCGAAGCGUUAACAAACUCACAAACUGUCGCAUUCGUAAUAUUAAUAUGAUUAUUUAUUAGAUGUUUAAACGUUUUGUGAUUUUAAUCGAAAUUAAUAAAUUCCUAGAUAAAGUAUUAUAUAAUUUUUAUAAGAAAAUAAGGCUUUUAUAUUAUUCUUUUAAAUGAAAAGUACAUAAAACGACUAAUGUUAGUACUUCUUUAUUCAAUGCAUUAGAUUCAUUUCUAUUAGAAUAUUUUCAACUUUUAAUUCCAAAUUUAUAUGAAUAUAUUGUAGUGUUUAGUCAUAAUGACUUAGCUUUAUUACGUCCAUGUGAAUCAUAUAAAUGAAAACUAAGACUCUUAAGGCUCAUAUAGCGUCGAAAUAUUUUUUUUAUCAUAUAAAUAGGUACACAUAUUUAGAUUUUCGUAAAUUAAACUUAAAUACCACAAACUUUUCUUUUAAAAACUAUAAUUGUCUAAAAAUUCAAACGUGGAGAAAUAAAAAAUACUACUCGUUUUCAAACAGCGUUAGAAGUCCCUUGAGACUUUCUUUUUCCAAAUCGCUCCGUUUUCCAAUUCGACCUUCUUAUGUCAGUACAUUACUACCGCAAAAUUAUUUUAACUUAUCAAGUUUACCUAUAAUCAGCUUAUGCUUAUUACGCCAAAAUUGUUUUAUUUUUCAAUAUUGUUUCUUCUGUUAUUGAUACAAACUAUUAUCAUAUUCUCACGAUAAUAUCUCGUUUCUCGCCCGUACUAAGAGGAUUAUGAUAACGUGCAGCUAUUAGUGGAAUUCCGGUGACUAACAAACGAUAGUAUCCCAUUUUUUGCCGAGAAACUUAAUGCUUAAUUGCAAAUAGUUUAGUUUUUGUAUCUGCGGUGGCAGUCAUCGUGAGCUAUGAUAGAAAUGCGGUAGCGAGUGCAAUGAGAAAUUCUAGUAAUGUGAUGAUUGAUAUCACCUUAAGUGAAUUGUUGACUUUAUUAGGUACGUACUAUGUAAAACGUCUCCGCUUUAAAUCGUCAUCCAAUUUUAUAAGUAAAUAAUUUUAAACGUUUUUCAAGAUUAUAUAAUUUUAAUUAAAUACAUAAUUAUAUCUGUAAUAAGGGUACACUUAGUGAAUAAUCAACUACAUAUAAACAAUUUAUUGACCAAACAGGCUUAAUGAUAUUUUCAAGACGUUUGAAUAUUUUUUCAUACUACACUUAAGCUGUACAAAUGUUCUAAUCAAUUACAUUUUUGACAUGAAUGUUUAUAACAAUGCAUUUUGUAUAACUCUUUGAAUCUCCGUUACAAUUGUGCAAUGUUAUGAUAUAAGGAAAGAAGGGAUAUUCGGAUAUAUAUUUGCCUCGAGCUAUUUUCCGGACUAAGAAACGAUAAAAGCGGAUAUCAACUUUCGUUUACAAGGUAUGAAAACAUCUUUUGAAUACUUACUUAUUUCCCCAUAUACAACUUUUUUAACACUAUUAGCCAAUAUUUCAAUCAAGGUAAAUAUGAAUCCGAAUUAACGGUGACUCUGAACAUAAGGCUAUUUUUACAAUAAUAUUAUUAAUAUAUCAAUACGAAUUGCAUCUAUGAUCUCAUAUAUAAUUUUCAUUCAGAAAAAGUGAAAAAAAAGAGACUAAGCUGUUCGCUGUUCAGGAGUAAUAAUAUUAAAUCACAGAAACCUAUUCUGUACAUAAUUACAUACCUCAUAUACAACGCAGUAACAAUUAAUGUCGAUAAAUUUAUUAACAUAGGCAUUUGUUCGUCUUUUCAAUGUCUUUCUAUUCAAGUCUUACCAAUUACCAAGUGAUAUUCUCGUAUUAUAACGUAGUUUUUUUAAACUUUUUGUAGUCAUAAGCCCAUAUUUUCAACGAACAAUUUCUUGAACGUGUUUUACAGUUGUUUUAUCUAUUUACUCGUAUUUACUACAUUGUAUACUAUAUUCAGCAUGUUUGAUAAUUUUCUAUUUUAAUAAUAAUAAUGUAGAUGUGUUGAUACUGAUAUUAUUAGUUGUAAGCUUGGACACUAUUUUUGUAUAAAAGAUUGCUUCAGCAACUGACUGUCAAAUUUAUUUUAUAUUUCGCCACCAAAGAAGGAGAUUGGAUAGUGUAAAUGGCUAUUAACAUUUUGAAAACAUUUAUCUGGGAACGUAUUAUAAAAUUUGGAUGUGUUUUGGUAGAAAAUUACAAUAUGAUUAUCUUAGUGACGUUUAGCAACUUUUUGAGGAUGCAUUGCAUGUCAAACUAACUACCUUUUAGUAGUUUACAAUAAUUUGAAAGAAGGUUAACAGUUUUACAUUUGAAACUGUUUGGUAUUUUAACACAGCUAAAAAAAAUUACAUACCAACAAGAAAAUAUCUGCAAUGUCGUGCACAUCGAUAAUUUUUUUAAAUACAAUUUUUUAUAUGUAUGUAGCUCUAAUUCUUUGCUCACUCCUACUUAACAUAAUAAAAGAUGUAUAUUUUUGAUUUAUAAAAUAGUGUCUAGCCAUACAAGUAUUAAGUUACCUAAGUUUGAAUGGAUUUGACUGAUAUAAAUGAUUAUAGUUAACGUUAUUAUGUGUCUGAUAUUGUGAUCGUAUUCUUUGUUCUAAUGUUACAUUUUCUCAGUAGAUUAGACCAUUGUUUUAUAUUAUUUUUAAGGGUCCAUUUCUUUGCGAUGUUAACGGCAUUUAUCUGCCCCUGACUGUACACUAGGUGAUGUAAAACAGUAUACCUAUUAAAAUGAAAUAUACUGUGAAUGACUCUAAUCAAUAUUACGUUAGGAGAAAAAUCAUUUCAAUUGCUGUAUAAUCUUAAAGUGAAUUUAGUUUUGUGGAUAUGUAUUAUUUUUAGAAUGGCGCUAAGAUUUAUUGCUUUUUACCCAACUGCGAUAGCAGUAAGUAGGGUUUUCCGAAAGUACAUUUUCAUACCUUAAGAACAUUAACUCUCAGGUGAUAAUUUUGUAAAAACAUCCAUCCAUCGUUAUCCCCCCGUUUUUAAAGUCUGUAAUUUUUUUCUAAAAUUUCUAAAACCUAUGUGUAACAAGCACUUGCCCGAAAACCGCAUAAAAAUGGGUUCAGCGAAACGCGAGAUAAUUGCGAAGAUACAUACAAAUCAAACUAAGAACCCUCUUUUUUAAAAGGUGGUUAAAAUUAAAAAAAGGUAAAUUAACAUCACAAAGAAAGUAUGUAGUAAUUUUAAUUAUUAAUUUCUAUUAUACCAAAAAAAUCAUCAGCUAUUUUUAUAUAAAUUAUAAUAUUUGUAUUUAAUUCGGGGUAGCUGUAGUCAAGGCUCAAUUUGUGCUAUUUCUUAUGGUCUUAUUGUUUCCUACCUGGGUGUGCAGGAGAUAUGUUAGAUUUUCGCCAAAUGAAAUUGUCCAGUACAAAAAUGUAGCGGAUUUAGUAAAAUGUUGCUAUCUAGUGGAGAAGUGUAGCCAUUAAAGAAAUGUAUGUAAAUGGGCGAAUAAAAUAUUUAGA